UCAGAGGCGCCGGGGCAGGAGCGAGCCCGCGGCGGUGCCGACGGUUGGGCGAUGGCCGAGAAGUUCGACCACCUGGAGGAGCACCUGGAGAAGUUUGUGGAGAACAUCCGCCAGCUCGGCAUCAUCGUCAGUGACUUCCAGCCCAGCAGCCAGGCCGGGCUCAACCAGAAGCUGAAUUUUAUUGUUACUGGCUUACAGGAUAUCGAUAAAUGCAGACAGCAACUUCAUGAUAUUACUGUCCCUUUAGAAGUUUUUGAAUACAUAGAUCAAGGUCGAAAUCCCCAACUCUAUACCAAAGAGUGCCUGGAGAGGGCUCUGGCUAAAAAUGAACAAGUUAAAGGCAAGAUUGACACAAUGAAGAAAUUUAAAAGCCUGUUGAUUCAAGAACUCUCUAAAGUAUUUCCUGAGGACAUGGCCAAGUACCGGAGCGUCCGGGGGGAAGACCAUCCUCCUUCCUAACUCCCUCCUCCGUCUGUCUGAAGGUCCUCCCAGCCCUGCACGAGUGGCCGUGACCUUCAGGCAGCCUUGACUGAGCGGCAGCGAUGCUGUUUCCUGGGCCCAUCCUCCCGCCACCUUGUCCUCGUCCUGGCCUCUGGGGACGGCAGGGCCUGGAGGGCGUGCGGGGCUGUGCCGCCAGCUGCCCCCCUCCCUGACGUGCUCUGUUUGGUCCUCUAGCUCUCAGGGGACUGGUGAUCACACAACUUUGAGUGCGAUGUGUAUGAUUCUCCGUGGCCAAAUAGUCUUGGAAA